GGUCUGGCCAGUAUACAAUGAACCAUGACCAUUCCAAGAAGACCCCCGAUGGAGCAUCGUUUGACCGCUCAGGAUCCCAGGACUCCUUGGAUGAACUGUCUAUGGAUGACUACUGGAAAGAACUUGAAAACAUCCAUGAAACCAGAGGAAAUAAUCAUGUGGAACAAGUAGCACUUGUAGUGAAAGAGCCAGAUGAGGGAGAACUGGAAGAAGAAUGGCUGAAGGAGGCAGGUCUGUCAAAUCUGUUUGGCGAGAGCUCUGGCGACUCCCUGGAAAGCGUAGUGUUUCUGUCCACACUGACCCGAACCCAGAAGGCAGCGGUAGAAAAGCGAGUAGAGACUGUCACACAAACCAUGAGAAAAAGAAACAAACAGCACCAGAUUCCUGAUGUCAGAGAUAUCUUCAGGCUGCAAAACGACUCAAAGGGAAAAGUCUGUGAUGGGAGUGAACCCUCAACUGUGAGAACAAGUGAAAACAAAAAUGAAACACAAGAUGGAACAAAAGGUUCGAAGUUCAGUCUUGGAACUGAUGAGCAGAAGAGGCCACUUGAAGACAUGCUGUGUUCGGAUACUGACAUCAAUUUGGAGAUAUCAUUUGCAGAACAGGCAGCUAAUCUCAAAGACACAUCAGUAGGCAAAAUGUGCAAGGGUGGAGGGGGUGACACUCUUCUGCCAAAUUUCAGGCUGCCGAAGGACAAAACAGGUACCACAAAGAUUGGUGACCUGGCCCCUCAGGACAUGAAGAAAGUCUAUUCUUUAGCACUGAUUGAAUUAACUGCUCUCUAUGACAUAUUUGGGACAGAAUUCAAGCAGCAAAAAGCUGUGAAAAUCAAAACCAAAGACUCUGGCUUGUUUGGUGUCCCACUGUCAGUUUUACUGGAACAGGAUCAGAAGAAGGUGCCAGGAACAAAGAUACCACUGAUUUUUCAAAAGCUGAUUGCCCAGAUAGAAGAGGCAACUCUGGAAACAGAAGGACUUCUUAGAAUACCAGGAGUUGCAACAAGAGUAAAGAGUCUUUGCCAAGAACUGGAAGCAAAAUUUUAUGAAGGGACUUUCAACUGGGAAAAUGUAAAGCAACAUGAUGCAGCAAGUCUUUUAAAACUCUUCAUCCGUGAACUGCCUCAGCCACUCCUCACUGUAGAAUAUCUCAAAGCUUUCCAAGAUGUACAGAGUGAGUACAGCAAGUUAAAGCUGCAACUGCAAGCUUUGAAUCUUUUGGUUCUCCUCCUACCUGAAGCGAACAGAGACACUCUGAAGGUACUGCUUGAAUUCCUCCAAAGGGUAAUUGAUCAUCGAGACAAAAAUAAAAUGACGUUAAAGAAUGUUGCGAUGGUGAUGGCCCCAAACCUUUUCACGUUUCAUGGGUUUGGCUCAAAGACAAUUGAACAAAGGGAGUUUGUUAUGGCAGCUGGAACAGCAAAUGUCAUGCGCUUUAUGAUUCAGUACCAAAAACUUCUCUGGACAAUUCCUAAGUUUAUUAUUAACCAAGUGAGAAAACAAAACACUGAAAGCCAGAAGAAGGAGAAAAAGGACAAAGCUAUGAAGAAACUUCUGAAAAAGAUGGCAUAUGACCGGGAAAAGCAUGAGAAGCAGGAGAAGACCCCUAAUGAUGCUGAUGUUCCUCAGGGAGUGAUACGGGUGCAAGCGCCUCAUCUUUCGAAAGUUUCCAUGGCAAUACAGCUGACAGAAGAACUGAAAGCCGGUGAUAUAGUAGCCAGGUUUCUCAGCCAGAAAAGUGGAAAUGUCCAAACACUCAAGAAAGAAGAGGUCUUUCUUUAUGAAAUAGGAGGAAAUAUUGGAGAACGCUGCCUUGAUGAUGAUACCUACAUGAAGGACCUAUACCAGCUCAACCCAAAUGCCGAGUGGGUUAUAAAAUCUAAGCAGAGCUAAGCUCACAACUAAUGGCAAAAGAACAACCUGUGGACUUACUUUGUAAGGCUGAUGUUUCAAAGGGAUAGUGUGUCCUUUCAACAUUCAACUGUGUUAUAUAUGUUAAUAGAACCUUAUCCAGUUUAAAAAAAAAAGUGAUGGAAACCCAACAGUGAUUACCAGUAAAUUUUCAGUUUUACUUGCAGCAAAAUUUUGGAGAUAGCACAGUUUUCCCACUCAUAUUUGAAAUGAGAAUAAGUACCUUAAAUAUUUUAAUGGCACUAAUCUACCUCCCAUCUGG